UCGUGCAUGGCCUUGGCGGGACGUACAGCAAGAUGGAUCGUGAAUAAGGCGCUUAAUGAAAGAAAUUCAAGAAACUGCAACUGUGUACGAAUAUUGACUACAUAAAGAUAGUUUUUUGAGAUUUAUGGCAUUUAUGGCAUAUGGAUAGUGAAAAAUCAACAAAACAACUUUUUAGAAGAGCAAGUUAAUUUUUAAAUGAACAUUCUUUUAUUCGGCUUGGGUAUCAAUUCUUUUGCGUCUGCCUCGGAUAGUUUACGGUACUUGUCAUUUGCAACUCUGAGUAAAUAUUUGUCUACUGUUCGUCAUCGGAACAGAGUCCACAAAGUGAUUAAUUUUUGGUACUUAAAGUUAUUUAAUGAAUUCUAUGACGUGUCUUUUGACGGACUGGUUAGAAUAUCAGAGUCCGCGACGUUAUUAUCGCUGAUAACCGGUCUUCGUUAUGUGGGGCUUCGGAAGCAAUAAAAUUGAAAUAUUUUAACUACAUCGAUUUCUAUUCAAAUCACGUAACCCAUCAAACAUAUUUAUUUAAGUUAUUCGCAUUCCUUUUGAAUGGUUUAGCAUCACUAUGCAGAUGAUGCCAGUAUUUUAAGUGAUGUGUUGCUAAAACAACUAUUCUCGUGUCGUUUGUUUCUAGAAGAUUCAGAAUUUAAUCCAUAAAAUAAAACUACUUUGCUGUGCGUUUAAUGUUUGAGUGCAAUUCUUUAGAGUGAUAUUGGAAAUUCGUUGUGUACAUUGGGAAAUGGAAAUACAGCCUACGUCAUCACUACUUAGACAGGGUGGUCCCUUGUCUCGUCCUGCAAAGAUGUCGAGCGGUGGUACAACGGGGGCACUGCUGUACGCGGUGAGCGCGGCCGUCUUGGGAAUGCUACAAUUCGGCUUUAACACCGGCGUCAUUAACGCCCCGAGAAAAUUCAUAGAGAACUUCGUACGUGAUAAUUACGAAGCGAAGCCGUCGCUCAUUUUUAGUGUUAUCGUCAGCAUAUUCGCCGUAGGAGGCAUGAUUGGAUGUCCACUUGCCAGUUGGAUGCUCGAUACUCAGGGACGAAAGAAAGCCUUGCUCUAUAACGCAGCAUUCGGUAUUAUUGGAGCAGCUUUUAUGGGUUUCAGUAAAUUGGCGACUUCAGUUGAAAUGCUCAUCAUUGGUAGAUUCCUGAUUGGAAUCAACUGUGGCUUCGCAACGACGGCCUCGCCUACAUACGUCUCCGAGAUAGCACCGGUAAGAAUGCGCGGCGCUUUCGGCACCGUAAACCAAUUAGCUGUAGGAUUCGGCAUGACCUGUGGCCAGAUUUUGGGUAUUGAUGUGAUUUUGGGUAGCGACGAAGGCUGGCCGCUGUUGCUCGGAUUAGCGGUCGUUCCGGCUGCCAUUCAAUUAAUUAUGCUACCGUUCGCGCCCGAAUCACCAAGGUAUUUGUUGCUAUGCGCCCACGACGAAGAGAAAGCGAGAGUGGCCUUGACUAAAAUUCGAGGCAGCAGCGAUGUAGAAAACGAAAUUAACGAUAUGCACCUUGAAGAUCAAGCGGCCAGAGAAGAGCAGAAGUUCUCCGUGAAGGAUUUGUUCACGACCCCAGCCCUAAGGAUACCCCUCGUGAUUGGUAUCGUGAUGCAUUUAUCCCAACAGUUGGGCGGAAUCAACGCGGUAUUGUACUAUUCCUCCACGAUAUUUGUAAAAGCCGGUUUGUCUGAAGAAGACGCCCGGUUAGCUGUGAUCGGUGUGGGCAGCAUUCUUUUCGUGAUGGCCCUCGUGUCGAUUCCUCUGAUGGACCGACUCGGCCGACGGACUCUGCAGCUGUGCGGUCUCGGCGGCAUGACCGCAUUCUCUAUACUGAUGACGAUCGCGUUCUUCACGUACGAGAACAACACGACGAUGAGUAUAUUCGCCGUGAUAUUCACAUUCUUGUACGUCGCGUUCUUCGGUGUCGGACCUAGUUCGAUCCCGUGGAUGAUCCUGUCGGAGUUGUUUGGUCAGGGAGCCAGGAGCGCGGCCGUCAGCGUCGGCGCUCUCGUUAACUGGUUCGCGAACUUCGUCGUGGGUCUAACGUUCAUUCCUAUGUCGGAAGCAUUGGGGAACUACGUUUUCAUACCGUACACGAUCCUACUGAUUAUAUUCUUCGUGUUCACGUAUUUGAAGCUGCCCGAGACUAAGAACAGAACGAUCGAGGAGGUGACGGCUCUCUUCAAGAAGUAGACGAAUUUGUAUGUUGUAAACCGCAUUCCUUAGACGUAAGUGUACUUGUUAGUCUAAGAUCACGUUGUGAUACUUUAAUCGGUGUGCUUAGUGCGAAUUUUUUAACGUUCUCGAUAGCGUAAAAGUUAACUCAUAUUUGUAUGGAAUGGGAUCGUUUGCCUAUGUUUGCCGUUAGGGGCGCUGUUCCAACUGCAUACAAAAUUGGGUUAACUUUUACGCUAUGGAGAACGUUAAAAAACUCCCACUAAGCAUACUUACUGGACGUGUUUUGAUAGAUUGAAGGUGAUUUUUCGGUGCAAGACGUAAAGUUUUUUUUGGUUUAUUUAUUUUCACUCUUUCCACGAUUCGUAUGUGAUAUUUAGAUUUAGAAAUACACGUAAAUGUAGAUGGCACACGGGCGUCGUAAUAUGUUUUGGAUUUCCCUCAUCGCACUAAGACUGAAGGAUUCGGUUACCAUUCACAAAUAGCAUUGAGUACGUAACGUACUGUAUAUGUGAAGUACUUAUUCGUCGAGCUAUGAAAUGUUUACAUGAUGGUUAUUGAAGGUAUUUUAGAAUAUAUUUUUUUCUAAAUCAAUAUUUAGAGAACGAAUUAUUUAUAAUAUUUUUAUGUGAGCUACAUUUUGAUUAUAAUAAAAAAAAAAAAAAACAAUACGCAGCUGUGAAGUUAUAGUAAAUAUUCUCUUCAGCUUACGAGACAUAAUUGAUUUCUUUAAAUUCUUAUAUAUACAUAAUUAAAACAAGUUUUACGGCUUAAUCGCGAGUUUAUUAUUUUCGCCUAUAUUAUUUGUAACGUAUCAAAUGUUUUACAGGUUUCGUGGUCAAGUAAGACCGAGGUUCGUUAUUCAUCAAUAUUUAAAUUUUGUUUUAACUGCCGCGAUUAAACCGUAAAAGUGUUUUUAAUCGUGUCGACAGUUUAAAAUCGAUUUAUUAAAUAUUUUUACUUAUGUACGUGAUUAAAAUGUAAAAUUUAUUAUCUAUUUACAUUGUAAUCAACUCGCUAUUUAAUUUUAAGUAUAUAUGUUGUUAAGUUUUCGAUAUUUUAAUAAUUAUGUACAACUAUGCUUUUUACAAUGUAAAUAAAACAAAUUGUUUACAUGUA